GCUAUACCUCGUCGCCCACGCGUGGUAUGACGGGAUGGGACGGUGAGACGCCGCCUACUUAGGCUGUUGCUGGCCACAGUACGUGCAACUCGCACUCAGAAACCACAAGCCACUCGCCACAUGGAAAUGGACAAGCACGGUCAACCUCUGCUUGCUCUGCUUCCCCUCCUCCUCUGCCUCUCCGUGCUCCGGGCCAGCGCGGCGGCUUCUGUCACCGCCGGCAACCCCGACGGCACGGAGCUCUGGGGAUUCGUCGAAGUCCGACCAAAGGCCAACCUGUUCUGGUGGUACUACAAGAGCCCCCAGAGGGUGUCGACGCCGUCCAGGCCAUGGCCGACCGUCCUCUGGCUACAGGGCGGUCCCGGAGCGUCGGGGGUGGGCAUCGGCAACUUCAUGGAGAUCGGGCCCCUCGACGUGAACCUCAAGCCCCGAAACUCGACGUGGCUGCAGAAGGCGGACCUCAUCUUCAUGGACAACCCUGUGGGGGUCGGGUACAGUUACGUUGAGGACGACAGCCUGCUGGUGACGACUGACUGGCAGGCGGCCACGGACGCCACCACGCUGCUCAAGGCGCUCGCCAAGGAGCUGCCCACCCUGCAGCAGGGGAGCCCCCUCUUCCUCGUCGCCGAGUCCUACGGCGGAAAGUACGCCGCCACUCUCGGCGUCUCCGUCGCAAGGGCCGUCCGUGCCGGCGACCUCAAGCUCAAGCUCGCAGGCGUCGCGCUCGGGGAUAGCUGGGUCUCGCCGGAGGAUUUCACGCUCGCUUACGCGCCGCUGCUCCUGGAGGUUUCGAGGCUGGACGACAACGCCGGCGACGCCGCCAAGAAGAAGGCGGCGACGGUGAAGGAGCAGAUCGCGGCCGGGCGGCUGGCGGACUCGCAGGGGUCGUGGUCGGAGCUGCUGGAUUUCAUUGACUCCAAGAGCGCCAGCGUCGACAUGUACAAUUUCCUGCUCGACGCCGGCAUGGACCCGGUGGCGGCGGACCUGCCGGCGACCUCGUCGACUCCGACGACGUCGAGCAACGCGCAAGUGAUGAAGUACUCGACGUACCUCGGCGGCAGCCAGGAGGAAGCCGGCUCCAACACCACCAACACCCUCGGCGGCAUCAUGAACGGGGUCGUCAAGGAGAAGCUCAAGAUCAUCCCCAAGGAUCACGAGUGGCACGAGCUGUCGGACCCCGUCUACAACGCGCUGGUCAACGACUUCAUGAAGCCACGGAUCGACGAGGUCGACGAGCUGCUGUCUUACGGUGUAGAUGUCACGGUUUAUAAUGGCCAGCUGGAUGUGAUUUGCUCGACCAAGGGCGCGGAGGCAUGGGUGCAAAAGCUCAAAUGGGAUGGGCUGAAGAACUUCCUGAGCCUGCCGAGGCAGCCUCUGUCCUGCGGAUCAUCCAAGGUCACCAAGGCCUUCGUCAGGUCCUACAAGAACCUACAUUUCUACUGGAUCCUUGGCGCUGGCCACUUCGUGCCGGCCGACCAGCCUUGCAUUGCGCUGAGCAUGAUCGCUGGCAUAACCCAGUCUCCAGCCAGCUAGGUGAGGAGACCCGGAUAGAGCAGAUCCUGUCUGUCGGAUAGGAAAAGGAAACUGACGAUAGAAGUAUAAAAAGAAAGGCUGCGUACUUUAAAGGGCGAUGAAAUUGAUUGUAAGGUGCGUUGGUGUGUGAGUGGGGUUAAAGCUCGUCCGUUUUAUUCUCCGAAUAAAAGAUGACACCUUUUAGAGCUUCUUUCACA